CAUCGAAAUACGCGCUCACAAAUCCUUCACUCCUUUCAGGUACUGGUCAUUGCAGGUCGAUGACCGCGCCUUCAUUUAGAGACUUUUCCCGUUUGUAUGCUCAUCUAAUCCUGCUAUCACCAUGGUUCAUACUUGGAGCUCAUUUUUUGCCGCAUCAAAACUUUGGUUCUACUCGGUGUUCUGGGGCCUGCAUAUUGUCAUAUUCGCAGUAGGGUGGUACGUACAGGUUACAGACAAGAAACUGGAUGCCCUCAAUACUCUGAAGUAUUCCGUUUGGAUAUCAAGAGGCGCUGGUCUCGUCCUAUCUUGCGAUGCGACCCUUCUCUUGUUGCCUAUGUGCAGAAACGUCGUCAAGACCCUAAGACCCCGAGUGCGAUGGUUACCGUUGGAUGAGACGGUAUGGUUCCAUCGUCAGGUGGCCUAUGCUCUCCUUAUUUUCACCAUAAUCCACACGGCCGCUCAUUACGUGAAUUUUUACAACGUCGAAAAGGAUCAUAUCCGACCUGUGCUGGCUGUUCAGAUUCAUUAUACCGAGGCUGGCGGGAUAACAGGCCAUGUGAUGCUCCUUUGCAUGAUGCUCAUGUACACCACUGCUCAUCAACGGAUCCGGCAGCAGUCUUUUGAAACCUUCUGGUACACACACCAUCUUUUCAUACCGUUCUUUCUGGCACUAUAUACGCACGCCACGGGCUGUUUCGUCCGGGACACUGCAGAACCUAUCUCGCCUUUUGCGGGCUCUAGGUUCUGGAACCACUGCUUAGGGUACGAGGGCUGGAGGUGGGAACUAGUCGCUGGAGGCUUGUAUCUGCUCGAAAGGCUGUACCGCGAGAUCCGAGCGAGACGUAAGACGGUGAUCCUCAAGGUGGUCCGUCAUCCAUACGACGCAAUGGAGAUCCAAUUUCGCAAAGAUAGCAUGAAAUAUAAGGCAGGCCAAUGGCUCUUUAUCCAGGCUCCCGACGUUUCCAGCAAUCAAUGGCAUCCAUUUACUAUCACGUCUUGUCCAUUCGACCCGUACAUCAGCAUCCACGUCCGCCAGGUCGGAGAUUUCACUCGCGCCCUGGGCGAUGCACUAGGAUGCGGACCAGCACAAGCGAGAGACUUGGAGGGGCUUGACCCUAUGGGGAUGUACGAAGUCGCCCUCCAUAAUGGACAGAGGAUGCCCAGGCUCCGUGUUGAUGGUCCAUACGGAGCACCAGCCGAGGACGUCUUCGAAAACGAAGUGGCCGUCCUCAUCGGAACCGGCAUUGGCGUCACACCCUGGGCUUCCAUCCUAAAAAACAUCUGGCACCUACGUACCGACGCCAAAUUAGCUCGUCGUCUCCGUCGUGUCGAAUUCAUCUGGGUCUGCAGGGACACUUCAUCUUUCGAAUGGUUCCAAGCCUUGCUCUCCUCUCUUGAACUUCAAUCUGCCACUGAGGCAGAAUUCAACGGCAAAGCCGAAUUCUUACGCAUCCACACCUACCUCACUCAGCGGUUGGACGACGAUACAGCCGCCAACAUCUACCUCAACUCGGUCGGCCAGGCUGUCGACCCACUUACCGAGCUACGAAGCAGAACGAACUUCGGUCGUCCAGACUUCAAACGUCUCUUCACUGCCAUGCGUGACGGUCUACAGGAUCAAACAUACCUGUCCGGCGUGCAUGUGAAUACAACCACCGAAAUUGGUGUCUACUUCUGUGGUCCAAACGCCGCUGCCAGACAGAUCAAGGAGGCAGCCAUGGCGACCUCCACAAGGGACAUCAAGUUCAAAUUCUGGAAGGAACACUUCUGAAGAAGUUUCCAAUCCUCUCGCCUUGUCUUUUUAUGAAGACUAAAUGGUUCAAGCAGUCCAUCGGCUUACCAAUGGACUGAAGAAGACCUCGAUCACGGAAGGAUCAAUCCUUAGUAUGUCAACAACAAAAGGAUAGAAAAGAAAACAAAGAAAGAAAAAAAAGCAAGAAGCUCCAUGACACGAAUGUUGAUGACUUAUGACUCU